GGUGUCUGUAGUAUUGAUUGUAAUUCAUUGGUUUAUCCUAAUCCCUGAGGCAAACGAGGCACGAGGCACACGACCCUCCCUCUGCCGCGUCGCCGCCGUACCAAAAUCCAAUGUCUCUCACACAACGCCCAUAACCGCAAACUCGCCAUGGAUUUCGCACCCUAUCAAGACCAAUCCCCCGAAACCAAUCGAGCCCUCUCGCCGCCCAUCGAAGGCAGACGAUCCUUCUCUCCCGGCUUUGCGCGCGGCCGCUCACCACCUCAAUCCCCUCAACGCCAUGCCUUCAAUCCCUGGGAAACGACGGCCGAUACCUCAGCGCGAGCGUUUGGCAAUGGUAGCAGCGGGUUCGUCGGCGCGGCGGAUCUGGAGAGCGGCCGCGGGGGACUGAAUGAAUUCGAGACCAGCCUGCCGAUCCGGUUGGACUACGAGGCGUGUCUGGCAUACCUGCUGUUACCGCCGGCGGGCGGGGUUCUGUUGUUGGUUAUGGAGCAUAAGAGCGAUUACGUGAGGUUUCAUGCUUGGCAGUCUGCGUUGCUGUUCUCGAGUAUCUUCGUCCUGCAUCUGAUCUUCUCGUGGUCAGCGUUUCUGUCAUGGACGUUCUUCGUCGGAGAUAUAUUGUUGAUCGCGUAUCUGACUUUCCGGGCAUACCGGGAUGCGGAUACGCUGGAUCGAUUUGAAGUCCCUUUCUUUGGUCGACUUGCCAGUAAUAUUCUUGAUGAUGAGUAA